GCAUCAUUUACACACCUCAUCAUCCCUGAAUUGUUUGGUAAGAAGUUAACAAUUCCUCUCGAUCAUCUAUGGCAGUUUCUGUAGAUUUACUCUCAAAUCCAGUGUUCGUAUUAGGUUCAUUUCUUGUUCUUUUUAUUUUCCAUAAUUAUCUCCACAAGCAACCACAACAUGGGAAGAAGUACCAUCCAACUGCCGCAACCGUGCUUCAUCUUCUCUUCAACUACGACAAGCUUCACGAUUACAUGACUACUCUCUCAGAAAAAUACAAAGCUUACAGACUGUAUAACCCUGUUCAUGGUAUGGUUUAUACAACCGAUCCCGUGAAUGUGGAGUAUAUCCUCAAGACCAAUUUCAAAAAUUAUGGAAAGGGGUACUAUAUACGCAGUGUGACAUCGGAUCUACUUGGAGAAGGAAUAUUCACAGUGGACGGGGACCAAUGGCGGGAACAAAGGAAGGUAGCGAGCCAAGAGUUCUCGACGAAAGUCCUAAGAGAUUUUAGCAGUGUAACCUUCAGAACCAACACAAUAAAACUUGGGAAGAUUCUGUCACAAGCAGCAGAUAGCAACGAAAUAAUCGAUAUAAAUGACUUGUUCAUGAAAUUAACUAUGGAUUCAAUAUUUAAAGUCGGUUUUGGGAUUGAGCUUGACAACUUGGGUGGAAAUGAAGAAGGUGUUCGAUUUAGUCUUGCAUUCGAUGAUGCAAACAACUUAACUUAUAAAAGAUUUGUUGACCCAACAUGGAAGAUCAAGAAGUUUUUUAAUAUUGGACUUGAAGCAGAGUUAAAAAGGAAUUUGAAAAUCAUUGAUGAUUUUGUUUAUAAGGUCAUCCAGCUGAAGAUUGAACAAAUGCAGAUGUCCAAGGAUGAAUCUUUGCUCAAAAAAGACGACAUCUUGUCGAGAUUUGUUGAGGUUCAUCAUAAUAAUCCCAAGUACUUGCGCGAUAUAAUACUUAACUUUGUUCUUGCCGGUAAAGAUCCUAUAGCGAUUAGCAUGUCUUGGCUCAUUUACGAGCUUUGCAAACAUCCUGAAAUUCAAGAAAAAGUUGCUAAAGAAAUCUUAGAAGCAUUAAACGUAAAAAGUGAAGAGAUCAUAGAUGUUGUGGAUUUUAUUGAUCGUGUGACCGACAGCGCACUUGAGAAGAUGCCAUAUCUUCACGCAGCUUUGAGUGAAUCUAUCAGACUCUAUCCCGCAUUGCCAAUGGAUCCAAAGGUAAGCUUUGGAGAUGAUGUUCUACCAGAUGGUUGUAGUGUAAAGAGAGGGGAUAUGGUAGCUUAUAUGCCAUAUGCUAUGGGAAGGAUGAAGUUUAUAUGGGGUGAUGAUGCACUCGAGUUCAAACCAGAAAGAUGGCUUGAUCAAGAUGGUCGCUACCGUCAAGAGAGCCCCUUCAAAUUUACAGCUUUUCAGGCUGGACCGCGAACCUGUUUGGGCCGAGAAUUCGCAUAUCGGCAUUUGAAGAUAAUCGCUUCGGUUUUGUUAGGUUGCUUUGUGUUCAAGCUAAGUAAUGAAAAGCAAGUCAUGAGUUACAGGGUCUCAAUUAAUGUUCACGUUGAGGGUCCAUUGCGAGUUUGUGUUUCCCGCAGAUCUGGGUUCCAGAAUCCUUAAACGUACAAUUUAAAGUAUCAAAAGGAUUUGGAUGGGUACCCAAACCGCAGAAGCUUGACCCAUUCAUUAAAGUGUUGGAAUAAUAUAAUUUAUGGAGUAAGUGGUAGAGUAAGUUAUAUCCUCCCACUACCCCAACUAUCUAGUCUUUGUUUAGUAUUUCAUUAAAGUGUUGAAAUAUUAACGUGUUCGAAUAAUAUAAAUACUAAGGUAUUUCGUUCAUGUUUAGUAGAUAUGUGACUGAGUAAUCUUUCAAAUUUCAGUAUUGUAAUUUCCAAGCUAUUCAAGUUAAUUUU